GUGUGAAUGAACUUAUUGCCAAAAUGUUGCGACUUUUAACUAAUUAAUAUGAGCUCAGCUCUAGCAUAUACUGUUUGGUUUCUGGUAAAAUGAAACUGACAUGCAUUGUGAGGGUCAGUGGAUGUCACCCUGGGAAGCUAAUCUGAAUCCUUUCGGUCCACUUGCUUGACUGUAGUGGAGCAUCUGUGUAGUUUGUCUGUGAAUAUACGAUCUUUGGCAUCUCCAAAACCUGGCCCGUGUUAUAGACGUCAGUGACGUCAGUCGAGAUGUUUUCGAAGCCGCAGCAACCGUUAAAAUAUUCAGGGGUUGCAUAUAUUUAUUACUAUUGUUUCCCUUUUUAUACUGCAACGCUAUCCUUUCUUUAUCGAAAUACAAAGUUAUAUUAGAGGGUCAGCGUAAAAAGACCGUUCAAAAGUUAGGGGUAACGUAGCACAACGUGACGUCACUUCAUUUUGAAUGGAAGCCAAGCGCCAAAUGCAUUUUGAGCCCUUAAUUAUGCGAAACAAACCCAAACGGAGCAUAAACCUUAAGGAUGUGACAUGCCAAAGCAAAGACCAAACGCAAACCGCCGCGGUGAUAACGUUAGAUUCGGAGUCGAGCUAUUCCCCAAGGAGGGGUUGGGCCUCGCUGGUUGCAAAAGAUAAAUCUGACUCGUAUCCUGCUUCUGGUGAAGACUUCGCCCAAAAAGGUCAACCACUGCAGAAGAGUUGCUGCACAAAAGGUGUUAAAAUUGCACCAAUUUUCACACGUACCAAACAGCAAAGCGAGAGUAAAUGGAGCAAUGAUGGCAAGCUGUAUCAGCCUGUGGGGAAGAAGCAAAAAUCGGCAUUAUCUCUUCAAAGUAAUGCUUUGCAAUGGGUGAAAAGUCAACAGCAGUUAUCAACACUUACAGUAUCUCAGCUGACGGGGGGAGAGGAGCCCCUGUCUACCUGGAGAGGACAUUUGUCACCCUCAGCUCUGUGCAUCAGUCUGGAAGAAAUCCAAACAUCUGAUCCCUCAUUUCCAGUCCAAGCAGUGUUCAGCACUUUGCAGAGGAAAGCAAGACUACAGGAUUGUGACUCCACAGCAGAAAACUCCCGGUAUCCAAGCUCCUUGCAGAACCACCUAAAAGGGAAGAGGAAACAAGGAAAUGAAAGCUCUGAGUGGACAUCCAAGCGUCAGAGGUGCAGUCUUGCUGCACAUGGUGCCGGUGGUGUGAAUCACUGUCACCUGGCAGCACGGGAUGUUCUGGAGAAGAUGCAGGCCAGGAGCAACAAACUGAGUCGCACUCGCAGGCUGAGGCAACGGGAAAGGAGCCUAGAACGGCCGGUGACCAACUGUGAGCCCAACUCUAAAUGGACAAAUCAUGCAGAAUCUGACAGCCAGUCACCCAUAAACUGUGACGUUUUCCACAGAGGAUCCUGUUUUGAGGAUGUUCUCUGGACAGACAAGUACAGUCCUCAGCAGUCCAGUGAAGUCAUUGGCAACCCUGUCUCAGUAAAUAAACUGCACAGUUGGCUGAAGAAAUGGAAACUAAAAUCUGACUGUUACGAGAGGAGAAAAGUGGAGGAAAGGAAAUCAGAAGAAAACAGCAAUGGCCUAUGGGACUGUGGAGACUUCCAGGGAGAAGCUGGGGCCGAAGACGACAUCGAGGAGCCGCUGUGUAAUGCCAUGCUGAUAACAGGACCUCCAGGUGUGGGGAAGACUGCCUCAGUGUAUGCCUGUGCUCAGGAGCUUGGAUUCAAGAUAUUUGAGGUGAACUGCUCCUCACAGCGCAGUGGCCACCGUGUUCUGUCCCAGCUCAAGGAGGCAACCCAGUCCCACCUAGUGGAGCCGUCGGGGAAGGAUCCGCUGAAACCUGCCUACUUCAAGAACUAUAACAGCUGCACUCCUAAAACAAAAACAGAGCAUCCUAAAAAUGUCAUCUCUACCUCCAAAAGGAGGGCAGCGCAGAACUUAGGCCGCUCUGGUCACAAAACAAAAACUAACCCAGCCACAGUCACUUUGGCCAACUACUUUAAGAUAAAGGCCAAAGCAGAUCACUUAAACUUUGGCGGCCCGUCGCCAUCUGAAGAACCAGACGGCAAAGAACUGGGCGAACCAUCACCAGACUGCAAUCCAACAGCACCGCCCAACAAAAAGACAGCCACAUCACUCAUUCUUUUUGAAGAGGUUGAUGUCGUAUUUGACGAUGACAUCGGUUUCUACAAGGCCAUCAAGACGUUUGUGACAACCACUAAAAGACCAGUCAUCCUGACCACCAACGAUCCCUCAUUCAAAGAGAGAUUCAACUGCAGCUUGGAGGAAAUCAUUUUCAAAACCCCAUCAGUGGCAAGUGUCUGUAGCUACCUGCAGCUGGUGGGUUUGGCUGAAGGUGUGCAACUGGAGUUGCACGAUGUCAGCAGUCUCCUCAGACUAACCCGAGGAGACAUCAGACGCUGCCUGCUGCAGCUGCAGCUCUGGGUGCACAGUGGUGGAGGACGGGCAUCUCGGAGUGGAGGCUCACGUGAGGAGCCUCAUCAUCUACAGUACUCAAAUGCUGCUCAAGCGAGUGCCAGUCUAGACUCUCAGCGUCCUCCUUGUGGAACAAGCUGCACUGCCAACAUGCUGGGCCUCCACCCUGUGACCCAGGUGCAACUGCUGAGCCUUCUAAAGUGUCAGUGCUGGUCUGAAACAGACAUGAACAAGCUCCUGGGCGUCCUAGCAGAGAGCUGGAGAAGGUGUGUGCCUUUUCUCUACUCCAACCUGGAGCUUCUUCUGUCCAUCGGGAUGAAAAGAACUCCACAUCACUUUGUGGACCAGGUGACAACACCUGGGUUGGACAGUGAGCUGGCACCCUCUGAUGCUGAUCUUCUCGCCCAGCAGCUGAAUGGAAAUGUCGACCUGAAGGCAUCAGGGACCAACAGCAAAUAUGUUGGGAAAUUCUCCAGGCUUAGCAGAAAGAAACAUGACACACAAUCAGGAGCCCCUAGUUCAAGAGAGAAGACUGAACAAAAAGCAGCCAAAGUGGAAACCAGCUGUUUAGAUGCCCUGACUGACUUCUUUGACCUCAUGUCAUACCUCGAUGCUACACUGCCGGCUGCAGCGCCACUUGUUUCAGGCCCAUGCAGGCCUGAGGCGUUUGUCUGGACAGGAGCGGAGAUAAAGGACGGUUUGGAUGAGUUGAGCAAGGAGGAAGAGGACAGGAGCUGGAGCCAAGAGAGGCUGUUUAACAUUCAGGCUGCUGUUGAGGGCUUGGGGAGUCACAGGUGCUGCUGGCGAGUGUAUGAGGCAUGGACUGAAGCCCAAAAAUACAGACAGGACGUGGAGGACAAAACGUGGAUGAAGCUGGUGGAGAGACUGACAUUACCUGCCUCUUCCAAAAGACAGAGCCUCAACUAUAGUUUUCAACCUCUGUGUGCACCAAGUGUGUCCCGAAGGAGGUAUGAGCUGAGCCGGUCUGUGUUUGGCAGUAAAUCCCUCGGCCUGCUGGGGAACAGACAAGCUGUCAGCAUGGACUACAUGCCGUUCCUUCGCUCCAUCUGUCGCGCUCGGAGAGCACAGCGACAGGAGGAAGAGCCGUUCAGGUGUGUGAGCCACCUCAGCAGCACACGCCUGGGCCUGUCCAAGUCAACUCUGCAACUCCUUGCAGAAGAUUUCUCAGAGACAAGUCUGCAAGAGUCUCCUGUUCUCACUACCUCACCUCACUCAGUACUGUACUGAAUUUACUUGGUGCUUGAAA